GGCAUGACUACACAUCUAGCAAGAACUUUCCAACCAAAGUACAAUCCGUUGAGUCUGUAGGUCUGGUUGCCUGUGGUGGAAGUCACACAUUGGCUGUGUCUCAGGAUGGUAAAACUAUCUGGUCAUUUGGUGGAGGAGAAAAUGGAAAACUUGGUCAUGGGGACACCAAUAGACAACAUAAACCAAAGGUGAUAGAAGCCCUGAGUGGACUGUACAUCAGAAAAGUAGCUUGUGGGAGUCAGUCAUCUCUAGCUGUAACAUCUUCAGGCCAGUUGUAUGCCUGGGGGUGUGGAGCUAUUUUAGGAUGUGGGUCAGCAGAGUAUACAGCACUCAGACCACGACUUGUGGAGGAUCUUCAGUCAAAACGAGUGGUGGACAUUGCAUGUGGUGACAGUCAUGUAAUAGCUCUCACACAGGAGAGUGAAGUUUAUGCCUGGGGUAACAAUGCCAUGGGUCAGUGUGGCCAGGGACAUGCACAGAGUCCCAUCACCCGUCCCAAGAAAGUGAUAGGUCUGGACGGUAUCAGUGUCCACCAGGUGUCAGCUGGCACCUCUCACAGUGUGGCCUGGACUGCUCUGCCCACUGACAGACCAGUGGUAGCCUGGCAGAGGCCUUUUUGUGUGGACUUACAGGAGGCUACAUUCGCCAUUAUCAGGACAUUUCUGGAAAAUUUCUGCUCAGGCUUUGAUGAAGAGUCUCCACAAGCUCCAUUUAAUUCACACAGAGAGCAUCGUCAUUUUGUUCAGCUGUGUUUGAAGAUGUUGAGCACUCACCUAUCUCUAGCUCUAGCUGGGGGAAUGACAAGUUCAGUUCUGGGAGACCAGGCACCGCAGCUUAGAAACCUACUGUUUAGACUUCUGGAUUCCAACAUUCCAGAUAGCAUUAGAGAUACUGUUUCAGAAAUUCUGAGAGUAGGAGCUUCUCUUCUUCUCCCUCCCCUCAGGGAGAGAAUGGAGCUGUUACAUUCACUGCUCCCCCAGGGCCAGGGCAGAUGGGACAGUCUAUCUAGGGGAAAGCAAAUGCAGCUGAGUUUGAUACUGACAAGUCUGUAUGAUAACAAUCACAUCUCUACACUCCUGGGAUUCUCGGAUCCAUCAGAAAGUCUUGCUUCAUCCCAGCCUAGUGAUGGCUCUGUGGAUUUGAUGCUUGCAGAGAUCCUCAUGAAAACAAUUCUUAGAAAUCUUGCCAAUGAGACGGAGGAGGCCAUAGAUGACUUGGAGAAGAAUUUGGACAAGGAAUUUGAACAUAAGAUGUUCAUGAUGGCUUUCCCUCAUCUUCACAAUCUAUUAUCAUCUCUCCAGAAACAUUUGUUGGCCUACUGCUUCACCCAGCAGCCCUGGAAGUCACACGAUUCUCCAGCAGUUGAUCUUCUGUUUAAACACACGUCUCUGAUGUUCUCUGUCACCAAAAAUCUGUUUGAAAAAGCUCUGGUGCUUUUACAACACGAGAAGUGUAAUGUUAGUGUGGUUAUUGCAAUUGAAGAUAUUUUGUACAAUUCUCCAGCGGGAGCCAUGAUGUUCCACAUUAUGAAUGCUCUUUUGAUGUUACCUUUGGAGUGGAUCAGUGAAAUGUUGCCAGAAAUCCUGCCCCUUCUCUCUGUUACAGACCAGCUCUGUAAAUUAUUGCCGGAAAUCAGUAAAUUUGAAGCAUUUGAGCUAGAAGGUAAGGACUGCAGAGCUCUUCAACAGAGAUAA